GUUUCUUUAAGAUUAACGCAGUAUGCAUUAUCUAGCAGGAUACCUGCUCGUGCUUUACUAGUAUCUGGUAAAGAAGAAGAAAGAAAUGGAUAACGGAGUUUGGGACGAUGUUCUCUACCCUGAUCUGCAUCCCCUCAAAAUAUUCGACGCUGCGAGGCGUCAGGACCGAUUCCUCUACGUGUCCGCCCCCAUGGUGAGAUACAGCAAACUUGCGUUCAGAAGGACCGUCUAUGAGUAUGGGACCGAUAUAUGCUUCACUCCCAUGAUCCUGUCCAAGGAAUUCAAUCGGAGCCAUUUUGCGAGAGAUAGCGACCUCACCUUAUCAACACAAGGACCGCAGCCCCCGACUAUCGUUCAAUUCGGCGCCAAUAGCCCAACAGAACUGACACGGUCAUCGUCACUAGUAGCUCCCUAUGUCAACGGCGUCGAUCUGAACUGUGGAUGUCCCCAGUCAUGGGCUUGCGCCGAAACCAUGGGAGCCGCGCUCAUGGGCCGCCGGGAACUCGUAAGAGACAUGGUCGUCGAGACCCGGGAGAGGCUGGCAAGGGAUGGCUGGGCCGUCGACAAAGAAAAAGACAUGGAGAACCCCAAGGGACGUAGCAUUAGUGUAAAGAUUCGGGUUCAUACGGAUCUCCGGAGAACGAUGGAUUUUAUAGACACCGUCAUAGGUCAUCCCCAGGACCGUCAUAUCGACUUCCUCACCAUCCACCCUCGGACGCGGACCACCCCCUCCAGCGCACCUAUCUUCGGCGAGUCUCUCGCCAUACUCGUCGAGAAAUACGGCGACACCCUCCCCAUCCUUCUCUCGGGGGACGUCUUCUCUCUUGCGUCCUUACCCCUUUCACCCCUCCUGUCUAGAAAUGCCGCGAGCCCUACCAUUACAACAUCCGCAGAUCCCUCGCGCGACUUGAACCCCGCGUCACAAGAAAACGGCAGCGCCUUGUACCAAUCCCCACAAACCACCUCGCCCUCAAUACACUUUAAACCGAGCACGACCAAGCUCGCCGGGCUCAUGUCGGCCCGCGGCAUCCUCGCCAACCCGGCCCUCUACGCCGGCCACGAAUCCUGUCCCUGGUCCGCAGUCGAAUCCUUCCUCCGCCACGCCGCCCGCGCCCCGCUCCACCUCAAGCUCAUCGUGCACCACCUCAACGACAUGUGCGGGCCGGGCAUGGGCCCCGACAAGCAUUCACUGCUGUCCAAGGCCGAGCGUAUACAGCUCAACUCGCUCACUAACAUGGUCGAUGUCAUCGAUUUCAUGGAUGACAUGAUCGAGCGGAAGACGGGGCGCGUGGGUGGGGUAGCGAGAGCGGAGGGAGAAGGGGUAGAGAGGUUGGUGUCGAGGACACCAGUGGAUGAGGAGGCAUCGCGAUAGUGGGGUGUGUGAUCUUCCGCGUUGGUCCUUUUGGACGUGGCGAGCAAUGUUUUAGACACACACCUGCCAAUACAAUAAAAUGAUGCGUCUAUUAUCUCGCC